AUGGCAACUAUUCAGAAGUAUAGGGAGCGCAGCAAUGUGCAAAGAAAUACAACUGAUUGGAACGCAAAGCUGCCCAACCCGAAAACCCACAUUCGCCUGCUCACGAUCCUUCCAGGUCGACAGAUAGAGGAACUUCGUUGUACCUGCAGCACUAUCAGUCUUGAUGACAGGCCAAAGUACAACGCCCUAUCGUAUGUCUGGGGAAACCGUGAGGCAAAGGCUCAAGUGACUGUGAACGGCGUUCAAGUUACGAUCAACAAGAGUCUGGCAGGAGCUUUGAGGCGUAUCCGCCAUGAACGAGAGCCGACUGUUAUCUGGGCAGAUGCCCUUUGCAUCAACCAGGAUGACGAAGACGAGAAAAAGUAUCAGAUCGAUCUCAUGCAUCGCAUCUAUGGCGAGUGCGAGAAUUGUUUGGUCUGGAUGGGAGACAUAGUAGUGAAAGGGGAUAGCAGCGUCGCAGCGGAACUGGCUGCAAGAGCGGCCUUGAACGCUGUGCGCAUCAUCGCAGGGCAGCCACACGACCAGGAUCUCGGUUGGCCUGGCCAGUAUCCAGUUGCUACAAGCGUUGAUGGCAAGGGUCUCACUGCCGGGGCAGCAUUGCAAUCGAUGAUGGACUGCGAAUGGUGGCAGCGUAUCUGGACAGUCCAGGAGGUCUGUCUGCCUCCGAAAGCCACGGUUCUCUGGGGACCACUCGAGAUCAGCUUCCAAACAAUCAUGGACGGAGCGAGCUAUAUGGUGCAACCAGAUGAGCACCCGCAACGCAACAACAUUUUCGAUCUAUUCCAAGAGGGCACCGCCAUGUACCCAAGGCUUCAUACAAGUCCGUACACGAUACCCGUCCUCAGCAUUGCUCACGCCAGACUCUGGAACCAGUCCAGAACCGACUCCCUGUAUAGACUAUGGCGGUUUCGAGACAGGAGGUCCACAUAUCCGAAAGACAAGUUAUUUGGCAUCUGGGCGCUUCUCAAUAAGGCAUACUUGCCUGAUAUCAAGCCAACAGAUUACGUCCUCGAUAUUGUGGUUUUAUUCUCAAGACUCAUGAUUAGUCUACUGAGAUCUCUUGAUAGCCUUAAGCCUCUUAUCGGCUGGAGAGGGGAAAGAGAGACGGCCGGUCUGCCUACCUGGGUCCUGGAUUUGGCUCAGCCGGAGGACUCUGCGUGCACCAGCGAUUUCUGGACACAUGAUAUUGCCUGGAGACAAUUUCAUGCCAGCAGUGGUCUACCACCAUUCAAGCCACCAGCCAAGCAAGCAGAAGAUCUCACAUUGCUCACUUUGAACGGCAUUCGCGUUGACAAAGUGGCUACGAUCUUGAUGGACCUGAGGCACACGCGAGAGUGCCUGUGGAGACAUGGAUUUGAGGACGCUCUCAAAGGCCAAGCCGGCAAAGACGAUAUCAUGUAUCAAUAUAACAACCUUAUCCAGGGCAAGUUUGGCGAGAAUCGUGAGCGCGUCACGGACGAGUCUUGGCACGGGGGUCCGUGGUGGGAGGACAGGAUGCUCUCUUACCAAGUUCUUUUCAUCACGCAGGAGAAUCGGCUUGGCCUUGGCCCGCCUAACUUGAAGCCGGGAGACAAUGUUUGGAUUCUUUCGGGCGGGAACCAUCCCUUCUUACUCCGUUCAGUUGAAGAGGGAAGGGGAAAUGCGGACUUGUGGGAAUUCGUUGGGGAUUGCUUCGUAUACGGUAUCAUGUACGGAGAAGCCUCUUCUGGUGGAUUUCAACUCUCAUCCGUAACCUUAUGUUGA